AUGUGACAGUGGGGCAAAACUCCUUAUGAUCUUCUCCCCUCCUCGAAGAAGAGCCCAUUUUGGCAAAAACGUAACAUUUUUUAAUUCAAAAAAGAAAAAAAAAAAAAAGUGUAAACAGCGUGGAAAGAGGCAGAUGUUGCGCUGAACGUGAAGGCAAAAUAUAGCAGCUUCUUAAACGGGGCGCAACACCCUAGGGAUAGCGCGUUGACUAAAAAAGCGCAAAUUAAAAAACGCUACCUUGUGGCUGACGGUGUAUACACCCUGGUGUGGCCUCCCCAGUUGUCAUGCGUCCUUUUCGGCCACGCCCCCUCGAACAAGUUAAUUCACCCCAGUUACUUGGAGCCCACAGAAAAAGUAAAAUGCAAGCAAAAUGAAUUUCUACGAAGCAUUAGGGAACGCCGCAAUAAAUGAGGAAAAUAGGGAGGAUUUCAAAAAGCUAAUUCUGAAGAGCGAAAGUUUUAUCGAUGACGUGCUGCACGAGCAACUUAGGGAGCGACAAAAAAGGAGGGAUGAGAUUCUGCAGGACAUUUUUGACAUGGAAAUCCUCGUUGAAAAUCUUAAACUUUUCAUUAACAUGAAGGACCAGAAGGAAAUCGAGACGCUUACCUUGCUGGGAUGCGACAGUUAUGUUUACGCCGACAUAUUAGACAAGAACAAAAUUUUCAUCCAAAUAGGAUAUGAGUUUUAUUUGGAGAUGUCCCUCGAGGACGCCAUCGUAUUUUUGAAAAAGAAGAUAAAUCUUUACGAGGACAAAGUGGCCUACUGGAAUAAGCAAAUAGCGCGUGUCAAGGCGCACAUACAAAUAGUAAUUACGCUGAGAAUUCCACGCCUCAAUGAGCGCUUUUUUGAGUGGUACAUUUUAGUUUAAGUCCGCGUGCUUAUAAUGAUGACAAGUUUUUAUUUC